UCAACUUUAAGCGUACCCUCUGUCAACAUUUAUAAAUCUCCAUCGAAGUCAACAUCGAAUCAGCCAGUAAUUGAAUCAUUGAUGAUGUAUGAUCGAUAUUAGAUCAUCUUGAUACUGUGAAAAGUUGGAAUCUUCAGAAUUUCGAAGAGGACAUGUGACAAGGCGGGUAUGAUUUUACAAAUUAGUUAAAAUGUCUAGUGACAGCAGUCAAACUCCUCAAUCUGUCAAGCGGAAGAAACUUGUCAGACUUGACAGUGAUGAUAGUAAUGAAUCUGUAGUGCAAUCUCAUAGAAGGAAAAGGACAUUUAAGUUUAUUGGUGAAGGUGAAACUAGUGAUGAGGAUAGUGAUGUUCAAAGACCUAUUGUUCGGAGACAAAAUCAUAGGGUUAUUAUAGAGGAUGAGUCAAACUAUGAAAGCAGCAGUUCAGACACUAGCAAAUACAAACAAUUUGGAGGGAAUAGUGAAAGUUCAGAAAUGCAGUCAGAUUGGAGCAGUUCAUCAGAGUUAGAAAAAAGAUCUCCUGUCAGACGAAAGUGUCUUGGCAAACCAAAAAUUAAAAAACUUCCAAAAAUUGUAUCAGAUACAGAUACAGACAAUAAUGAUGAACAAGUAGAAAAGUGUCCAAUUUGUCUACUUCCUUUUAGAAGGCAGCAGUUAGGCACUCCUUCCUCCUGCGAACAUUGUUUCUGUUUAGAAUGUUUACUUGAAUGGAGUAAAAAUACAAAUACAUGUCCAAUAGAUCGACAAACUUUUACAAUAAUUCAUGUCAAAGAUAAGUUUGGUGGACAGAUUAUAAGAUGUGUUCCAGUAGUAGUUACACCUCGGGAAGAAGAAAAUCUGGAUGAUCUUACAUUUUGUGAAGUUUGCCAUCAAAGUGACAGAGAAGACCGCAUGCUUCUUUGCGAUGGUUGUGAUUGUGGUUACCAUUUGGAAUGUUUGACUCCUCCACUUAAUGAAGUACCUGUGGAAGAGUGGUUUUGUCCAGAGUGUUCCCAGAGCAGCCAGAGUGAUGCAGAAGCUGUGGAAAUUGAUAUGGAUGAAAUCUCAGAUCUGAUGGAAGAAGCUCGUAGGCUUGGUGUUUCUUAUGGAAGAACUCGUACCAAUGUGCCACAAGAUUCUUAUCCAAGGAUUAUACCUCGCACUAGACAUAUACAACGUGUUAGAGCUACUAUUCGCAGAAGAAAUAGAUUAGAUGAUAAUACGCAAUUAACCCGUCAACUAACAUUUAAUCCCAACCUACCUUCUACUUCAUCUGGUUUGGAGUCCUUUGGAGAUAACAGUCAAAGUCAUUCCCCAAGCAAUGCAUCUAACUCUUUGGGUUUUGGAGAUCAAAAUUGUUCAGAUAAACAUUCUAAAAAAUCACGGAAAUCACGGAAAUAUACAAGUAGUUCAAGUGAUUCCAGUGAUGAAUGUAUUUCCAAAAAGUCCCGAAGAAGAGUAAAUGAUAAAAAUAAUUCAAAUAAUAGUAAAUAUAGAAGGAAAGGCAGUAAUAGUAUAAAAUCUGGAAGUAGUUCAAGAAAAAGUGGAACUAGAAAUAAUUCAAGAAAGUCUGGAAGAUCUAAAAAAAUGUCUAGUAGAGGAACAUUAUUGAAAGAAGUUAGAAUUACAGAAUGUAAUGAAGAUGGAGAAGAAGAAGAAAUUAUAACUUAUGUUAAGGUGGCUACAAUUGGAUCAAGAAGAAGAAGAAGAACUAAGAGAAGGAAGAGGAGAAGUCGUAGACGUCGAGCUAGAACUGUAUCCAGUGUUUUAGCUAAUACCAAAAGAAGGCUUGCAGUUUCUUUGGGUAUUUGUAAGCCAAUUAAAGGUGCUCAGAUGUUAAUACCUAGUGUUAAAAAUAGUACAGUUGUAACAGAAACUUCUGCGUUAACCGUAUCACGAUAUAAUGCUGGAAUCUCAAGGCUUAGUCUUUUUGGAGAUGGUUUAAAUUUGGAUUAUAGUCCUCCAGGAUCAGAUACGGAAGAUUAUCAUACAACUGGUCCAACUAUAACUGUUCAAAGACAUUCUGUAAUUUCUUCUCGGAGACAUUUACGUUUAAAAAAUGUUGUCACUCCUCAGCAGCCUCAAACCGAUCUCUUAAAUAGCAUAAUAAACGAUCAAGAAAUUUGGCAUUCAAAAAAUAAUAAUGUGACGAUGAAAGCUAACGGACUUCUUUUAAUUAAGAAAAAGGAAAAUUUGGAAGAUUUGAAAAACGAACAAUUAGAAGAAAAAAAAUUACCUAAAACGGAAGAGACAGAAUCUGUUGUAGAAAAUAGAAUUUCUAGAGCUGACACUCCAUUAGAAGUUUCUAGAAUUAAUCCAGAGUCGAUUACUCAGGCCCCAAUGUAUAAUAAUCCUUGCGGAGGAGGAAAUAGGGGUAAUUUCAGAGGUGGCUACAGAGAUAAUACAAGGCAUAGUCAUGGAGGGCAAAAUUAUGGAAGAGAUUCUUUAGCUGGAAGUGGAAGACAUAGUUAUGGAGGAAGUGGAGGUAAUUUUGGUAGAGAUUUUGGGCCACCUGCAUUUUAUAAUCCAAAUUUUGAACAUUGUGGACCUCCAAUGUUUGGAGGCAAUCCUCCAUUCAGAAAUCGGAAUCCACAACACUUUAGAAAUGAAAGAUUUCGUUUCAUGCCUCCUGGAAGACCGCAAUUUAAUUUCGCUGAAGGUUUCGCCGAGCAUCAUUCCUUUCCCGAAAGGUUUGGUCGUCCUAGAUCUCCUCAAGGUCCUAUCGAACGUCCCCAAAAUAAUAUGCCGCCAAAUUUACCAGAAGACACUCCAAGAAGCGACUCUGUAGAGCAACAACCACAAGAUACUGAAAACGCCUCUGUUAGACAAGAAGAAGAUUGUGAUAUUUAUUGCGAUAUUGAAACAAAAUCUGAUGGAGAACUUCAAGAUCAACAAAACGGUUCAAUGGCAUUGUUACCACCACCAGAACCUCCAUCUGGACUUUUAGAUUUUGAAGAAAAUUCUAGAAGUGAUAAAGAUAGUGAUCAAGAACUAGUUAUCGAUGAUAGUCAAAAAGAGGAUACUCCAAAAAAUGAUAAAUAUGAUCCUUUUUCUGUGGAUAGUGAUAGUGAUAGUGAAACAAAGAAAAAUGAAGAGGUUAUGGAAGAGAAAAGAGAAGAACAGACUGUACAAGGUGUGAUGCAAUCUGAGGUGCCAGAUACAUCAAUUCGUUUGUCAGCUUACGAUGACGAGGAAGAAGAAGAUUCCCAAGCAGAUUGUCCAAAUUUCUCUAUUUAUUCUUCUCAAACGAUGGAUGUAGCACGUCAUACUGAACAACAAUUAUCACAACAAAUAGGACCUCUUGAACCACCCCCUCUUCCCCCUUCAAUUCCAGAUGAUGACGAUGUCAUUGUUGGCGAUGUUCAAGCUUGUGAUCUUGCUGAUAUUCCAGAACCGUCAGAUCCAUACGUGGAAGCUUUACGAAAGGAAAGACAAACUUUAAGUAAAAUACCACCAAAGAAAAUUUCUCAUGACAGUAGAGGCAAGAUUACAUUUAAAAUUGGUACUAAGUUGAAGAUAAAUAACAGACUAUUAGGACUGCAGGAGGAAGAGAAGGAGAGUGGUGAUGAAAAGAAAAAAGAAACCGAGCCUGCAAAAGAGGAAGAAACUUCGGUUGAUCGUGAAGAAGAAAGAAAGAAAAUUGCUAAGAGCAAAUUCGAAGAAGAAGUUCAAUCGAAAGAAGAUAAAAAAGAAGAUUCAGAAGAAUCUUUAACAUCUGCAAAUCCUUUGGAUUUCAAAGAAAAAGACAUAAUUGAAGAAGAAAAGGAAAAAGAAUGGAUAGAAACAUCUAAAGGCAACAUGAUGGAAAAAAACUCUAAUGUAGUUGUUUCUAUCGAAAUAACUGAACAGUUGUCUCCAAAAAAGUUAGAAAACGAGUUAAGUAGUGAGUGUAUGUCGGAAGAAGGGAGUGAAACAUUCUCUUCGUUUCACCAGAUAUCAAAACCAGAUGUUGAGGAAGAAGAUUUGAAGGAGGUUUCGAAAAUUGAAGAAGAACACGAUGAAAUAAAAAUCAAGGACCCUGAUGAUAUAGAGAGUGAUAAAGAUGAUAAAGAACAGCAUCGUAUUGGCGAAGAUGAAGAAGAGGACGAAGAUGAUGAAGAGGAGGAAGACGAGGAAGAAGAGGAAGAGGAGGAAAGAUUUCCCAUUGAAAAAGAAAAACCAAACAAAAAAUGUACAGUCGAAGAUGUCGAUAAAAGUACAUGGGAAUCUGACGGCGCUUACACUCCUUGCAAAGAUGAACUUCCUUUGAAAGAAUCGAAAUCUUCUGAGCAGUUGCCACCUAUUGAAAGCGGUUUAGAACCAAUUACACCAACAAAGGAUAAACCUGACGAUUUAGAUAGUUGUAGGACUCCCGUAGAUUAUAAUGUUUUGGGCACAGAAGCUAUUUCAGAAACAGAUGAAGCAAUGAAUUUCGAAGAUGAAUUAACUUUAUUGAGUUUACGAAAAGAGAAAGAAAUGGAAGAUGGAGAAAUUGUCGAGGAAAAAACUGUAAAAGAAGGAGAUAAAGCUGAAAUAGAAAAGGAAGAUGAAAAGAAACGAAAGAAAAAAGAAAAGAAAGAAAAGAGUAAAGAGACCGAAAAGAAUAAAGAAAAUAUUGCUUCGGAAAAUCAAGUUGCAUGGAAGAAACUUUCGAAAAGUACGAAAGAGAGAUCUUACAGGGACAAGGAAAAGAGAUCAAAGUCAAAGGAAAAAGAGAAACCGAAGAAAAAGAAAGAAGUCGUCAAAAAGAAGGAAAAAAGGAAAGAGUUGCCCAGAUAUGACGUUAGAAAAAUAGUUGCGGAAAGACCAUCAAGACCUAGAAAAGACGAAUAUGGACGGGAUAUUAGAGAAAAGUCGAGGCAAAGAAGUAGAUCAAGAAGCUGCAGUUCGUCCAAACGUUCUAGAUCGUAUUCCAAGCUUCGAUCCAGAAGUAGAUCUAGAACUAGGUUACAAAGAUCUUGGUCUAGAGACCGUAGAUCUUACACGAAAUCCCUUUCCAGGCGGAGAUCCCUUUCUCGUGGAAGACGUAAAUCGCCGAAAAGAAGAUCAACUUCUAGAAGGAGAUCUUCUUCGAGAAAACGAUCGCUUUCCCGAAGAAGGUCGAGAUCUCUUUCUCGAAAACGGAGAUCCUUGUCGAGAAGAAGGUCUAGAAGAUCUAUUUCGAGAUCAAGAAGGUCUCUUUCGAGGUCUAGACAAAGAAGGUCUAUAUCGAGAUCUAGAAGAUCGUUGUCCAGAUCUCGUGACAGGCGUAAAGACAAGAAGAAAUACAAAUCUCGAAGUCGGUCAAGGAAUAGGAAGAAAUCCAGAUCAAAAUCGCCUAGAAAGUCUUCAAAGUCCAGAGAAAGAAAACAUUCAAAAAGGAAAGCGCAAAGUAGAUCAAGAUCGAAAGGAAGAUCUUGUUCUAGAAACUGGGAACAAGUUGACAAAAUUAAGCAGGAACCGAUUACGUCCAGAGAAUGGUCUCCAAUGCUAGACAACGUUUCAGUUCCACCAAAAAAUCUAACCGUAAUUUUAACAAAUAAAGAAGCUAUUAAGAAGAAGAAAAAAGAACGCAGAAAGGAAAGCAAAAAAGCAAAAGAUGAAAAAAAGAGAAAAGGAAAAAGAAAUAGAACUCCACCACCAUCGAAAGAAGUUUUCGCUAGUGGAGAUAAUAUUUUGGUUAGUGUGUGCUUCAAUAAAGAUAACGAAAACGAUCAAUCAGGAGUUCCUGAACUUCCAGAGACAAUUCCUCUGAUUCCUCCUCUUAAACGUCGUCGUAGAGAAUCUCUUCAAGCUGAUCCUCCGAAACGUUCAAAAAAAGAAAAGUCGAAAGACAAGCGUUCUAAAUCUCCAAAACCUAAAAAGGAUAAAAAGAAAAAAUCAAAAGCAGCUGAAAUAGCAGCAACGAAGAAACCAGUCGCGGUGAUUGAUCUGGAUCAAUCUCCAUUCCGGGAACAGACGCCAUCUCCUAGAGAUGUGAUCGUUCUCAGCGACGAUGACGAUAAGCAAAUUCAACAAGUUACCCCAGAUCAGUGUCAACCAUCACAAAAUUCUCCACCGCGCGAACAAUUUGUUUCUCAGGGUCCAAAAACUCCUCCAGAACCACAAAUAAAAUUUUCGAUAAAUAAGCAGACUAGUAACUUACGACCGUCAAUGUUAAAUCCGCUUUUAGAUGAGGAAGAGGAGGAAGAGAUGGACGAAAGGGUCGAAGAGGAGUUAGAAAUGAGAGCGCAAGAAGAAUUAGAAUUAAGAUUAAAAAUUGGACCAAAUACACCUCCAGAACCACCAACAUCUCCACCAACUAGUCCAGAUGCGUACGAUCCGUUUGAUCCAACUAAGUCCAGGUCGCCAACACCAGAUGCGAGCCAAGAGGCAAAUUCCAGUGACGAAAGAAGAAGGUCUCCAAGGAAGCACGACUCUGCGGAUGGAAACAUUCUCGAAGAGGAAAAUAUGCAGACCCAGGAGAGACAGAGUCAAGAGAAGCAACUGGAAAAACCUAAGAUCAUUUCUAUGGUUACGAUUAAGAGAGCUUCUCCACAAAGGGACGACGUUAACGAAAACGAGAGCAAUAAGGACACCGCAGUCUCAACCGGAAAUCUAGAGGUACAACAGAGUCAACAAAACGUACAAAACCAGAGUAAUCCUUUCGCCGUGAUGAAUCCUGUACUGGCUACAGUAGCUGCAGCAGUACAGAGAAGCGGAGUUUUUAGCGCGUCAAAUUCAAAUAGUAGUCAACGUAACUUGUUACAGUCGAAUCGAAUUUCUCCAAGUAAUCAACAAAAACAACGUUCUGGCGAUCGUUCGCAGGCACCUCCAGUCUUUACGAAUUCAGGCAAACCUUUGAGAAGCUCGAAGUCUGGACAGACGAAAACCAACGGACAAAACGGAAACGAUGCCGGUACGGAAACAGCGGACAAUGUGGAUAUGUCUUCCCCCUAUUCGCCUGGAUCAACGCUUAGUGAUGGAAUCUUCGAUCCACCGAGUCCAACGAAUUACAAUAAUUCACCUGGUGCUGGGGCAGGGAGUGGAGCAGGACCUGUUGGUAUCCAGCCUACCAAAAAUAGUAAUUCGAAAACGAUUAAAACUACUGAGAAGAAGGAUGCUUUCGAUGCUCUUUUCGGUACUUUACCAGUUACAAAAACUGCCAGUAAACCGACUAGAAGCAAGAAACCUGAAAAAGAUAAGAAAAAGAAGUCCACGAAUCCGAAGGUUGGUGUCAGAAUGGACGAGAAUCAGCUUCAAAUAUUGGAUGAUCUUCCAAGUUCUGCGGUUGAGAUGCAAGUCAAGGAUAAGUUCCUAAAGAAAUUAAAUCGUCAAGAACGAGUAGUUGAGGAAGUAAAAUUGGUCCUGAAGCCACAUUACACGAAAAAACAUGUAACAAAAGAAGAGUACAAGGAUAUUAUGCGGAAAGCAGUACCUAAGAUAUGCCACAAUAAAACAGGAGAAAUAAAUCCGAAGAAAAUUGCCCAUUUAAUAGAAGCUUACGUCAGAAAAUGCAGAAGUAGCAAAAAGAAAACUACCGAGAGUUCCUCCACGAAGGCCUCUAAACCAGCAAAAAUUUUGUGGAGUUGA